UGGCUCUAUUAAAGAAACGACGUCAGUUUGCAUACUCGAGCGGGCAAGAAAGGUAUCGAACUGUCCCAGAGAGCGUCUUGAGCGACGCCGCGUGUACCAGUUAGACGAGGACUCGAGCCACUCGACGGUGGCCCAAAACCGAUGGUAUUGAAGUGAGCGAGCGAGUGAGAUUUUGGGGAAGCAAAUGUUGGGCAUUUGUUGUUCCAGAAGCAUCUUAACCAAAACCCUCCUCUUCAAAGCUGCGACCACCUCCCUUCCCCGCCGGCUUCAGGUUCGUUCGGUGAUGAUGGCCGACUCUUCCUUCAAGAAGAUUCAGAUUCACAGAGACGACACCACAUUUGACGCGUAUGUGGUCGGCAAAGAAGAUGCUCCUGGAAUCGUUGUGCUUCAGGAGUGGUGGGGUGUUGACUUUGAGAUUAAGAACCAUGCUUUGAAAAUUUCUCAAUUUGACUCUGGCUAUAAAGCUCUCAUCCCCGAUUUGUAUCGGGGGAAAGUUGGCUUAGAUGUUGCUGAGGCUCAACAUUUGAUGGAUGGUCUUGACUGGCAAGGUGCUGUGAAGGAUAUCCGCGCUUCAGUUAACUGGCUCAAAGCCAAUGGGUCAAAAAAGGUUGGCGUGACUGGAUUCUGCAUGGGUGGUGCUCUCUCCAUUGCAAGCUCUGUUUUAGUCCCUGAAGUUGAUGCUGUUGUAGCAUUCUACGGAGUUCCCUCGUCAGAGCUUGCAGAUCCUACGAAUGCUAAGGCACCUGUCCAGGCUCAUUUUGGGGAACAAGAUGGUUUUGUUGGCUUUUCAGAUGUGACGGCUGCUAAAGCUUUGGAAGAAAAGCUGAAGGCUUCAGGAGUUCCAUAUGAGGUACACAUUUAUCCAGGCAAUGCACAUGCUUUUAUGAAUAGGUCUGCAGAGGGUGUGGAGAGGAGGAAAGGUAUGGGCAUGGCUGAUGAGGAUGAAGCUGCAGUGGAGCUGGCCUGGUCUCGCUUCCGUUCAUGGAUGAGUCGCUUCAUGUCGCCUUAAGGCACUAUGAGUUACAUACUCGUCAUAUAAAGUUUCCACCUUAACUUAAUAAUGCCAUGUUACUAUCUAAGACAUAUUAGGAGAACUGCCUUGUGCUGUUCUUAUUGCGUAGUUCACGGGUGGCACUUGAAUAUUUGCUUUCCGGUGACAACGGUUACUCCUUUAAAUUUGGUUCUGUGCUUUGUGAGUGUAAAUGUUUGUUUUCCUCUGUAUCUUACUAUUCCCGUGUGAACAAGUGCCUCGCAUUUCAAGAAUUAGAUGGUUGAAAUUGUGAUUGACUGCUUCA